AUGUCACGAAGUGGAAAAGCUCUUGAAGAAAGAAUAAUGAAUCCAAGAAACAGCAGUCCUUCGAAAGAACGCAUCACACGUUCAAUGGAUCAAGAAGAAAGAACGCCUGAGACUACAAGCCAUUUAGAACCUAGUACGUCUAACGCGGGAAAGCCUGAGGUGCCGUUAAAUGCACCAUUCCCUAGGCGUCUGAUGAAGAAGAAUGAUGAACAACAAUUCAAGCGCUUUCUUGAGCUCCUAAGGCAGUUGCAUAUCAACAUUCCACUUAUAGAGGCCUUGGAGCAGAUGCCAACAUAUGUCAAAUUUUUUAAGGACAUUUUGACGAAGAAAAGAAGAGUCAGUGAGAAGGAAGUAAUCGCGCUAACGCAGGAGUGGAACGCGUUAGUAAGCAAUAGUCUACCAAAGAAGCAGAAGGGCUCUGGGAGCUUCACAGUUCCUUGCUCGAUAGGAGGAUUGGAUAUGGGUCAUGCAUUGUGCGAUUUGGGAGCUAGUGUUAAUCUCAUGCCACUUUCAAUUUUUAAGAAACUGGGAAUUGGCGAAGCAUAA